GUAUUGCUAAAGUCAGACACAAGGGACACAACCGAUGACAGCACUUCGGUACAGACGUCAGAGUUUCUAUUCACAGCGCACAGGUUAUCUCUAGACGCGGUCUGCUGACCCAUGCUGCUUCAAACAAUGGAGUACUUCAAAAUAGCGGCUGCAUUCAUUGUGAUUGUGAGUAUUUUUUUAACUUAAAAAAAAAUGUGUUAACAACAUACUUGUACGACCGGUUGAUAGAUCAAAAUCUGUUGUCUUAUUUAAAACAAAAAAAUGCAAAUAUCUAUUUCCAUGAAGGAAAUAAUUUGAAUAUUAAGAAAAACUUGUGCGGGCCGAAGGAUGAUAGGACAGCGGGGAAAGCUAUUAAGAAAAUAAUAGAGACUAUUUCGUUACUUCUCGGGCCGCCAAGUGGGUGCUGGCGGGCCGCAUUCGGCCCGCAGGCCGUAUGUUGUGCAGGCCUGUCUUAAAGUUUUAAAUGCUCAGGGCAUCUUUAGAUUAAUUAGACACAAAUAAUUUGUGUCAAUAAAACAAUACACGUUCAAGCUUUGAUACUAAUCACAGAGAGCGCAAAUGUGAACGUCUCGGCAAAUGCCUUCACCAGCACAAGUUCACCUGUGUACUCUGUGUGAUAAGUAUCAAAGCUUGAACGUGUAUUGUUUGAUUGCCACAGUGCGUUUGUGUCUCGUGAAUCUACUUGAAAGCUGUACCGCAGUCCAAACACGCUUAUAAUUAGUUGAAGGACAUCUUUAAUUACAGAGCACCGGGUAUUCCUAUGACGUAGAGACCUGGACACGUCAUAGGUCAAGGCGGAGGAAAUGUUUACAGCUCCUCUACCGUACACGUCACACGACCCUGACAGUAUGAUCCUGAAAGAUUCAACGCCGAUAGCGGAGUCCUAAUCAAAAUGUCUUCUACGACUCCACUACUCGGUUUUUUGGGGGUAUUAACCCCUGAAAGUUCAUUACCCGCAGCAAGGAUGUAUUCGAUUACAGACAAUGAGACGGGUGGCAAGGAUGUAUUCGAUUGCAGACAAAUUAGUCGGGUUGUUGUCGUCACUAAGCAUACUGGAUCUACUCUGGUGGGCGAUCCUCACCAGGAAUGUGUAGAUCGGCCAAAAUAUGUUAAUGUAUUUGAAACAAUCGCAAACCCUGGUAAAUGAACAAUAUGCCAAAACUAAACUCUGUACCGCCGCUUAUAUAAACAGUAUAGGGCUUAACCGGGGGCAAUUUUUUUCCCCCACCAAAUCCGGCUAUUUUGAGAAAAUACCCGUGUUGGGGCGGGGGGGGGGAGAGGGUCCAAGCGUUACUUAAAAAAAGUAUUUGCUUUAAUACGCAACGAAAUCUAAUGCUCUAUGUCGUAGUGAGAGUGCAUAGCCUUCGUCAACCGUUUGCUUCAAGAAAUAUCCCACUGGUAGGAACAGGCAGUUGCCGGAUACCGGAAUAGAGAUGACUUAGUACAAAAACCCCGUCGACAGUAAAGAUACCGUGAUCCAUUUUAUAACAAAGACUUACGAAACAACUUUCACAGUGUUAUGAAAAUUGAGAUUGCAAUACCUUCCUGUUAGAGGCUAGGGAAAAGACUCACUGACGCACACAUGUCCGAAUUCAAAGGACGGCCCAUGACCCAGUUCUGUGUGGCAUGCGUCCCUAGAACAAAGAUGGUAAAAAAACAGUGACAUAAAAAAAAUCCUCAUAAAAGAAAAAAAAAUUCAACUUAUUGACCGUAGUUCGGACGUCACGCAUGAAGUUCGCUGCGUGACUUCCUUUUAGUUUCACCCGGUGCUAUUUAUAUAAAACAUUUUGUGGUGCAGAGACGGUUUUGUAGAGGAAGCAGGACACCCCAGAGGCAAAAUAAUAUCUGAGAUAUUCAAUAGGCCAAAAAUAUCUUCUGUAGCGCAUGUUACUUGCGUCAUCCCUUCCACUACAGAUCUUUAAUUAGACAUUAGGCUCUUGGGAACUAGGUGCCCCCCCCCCCCCUUUUCGUUAUAAUAUCUGGGAUAUUCAAUAGGCCAAAAAUAUCUUCUGUAGCGCAUGUUACUUGCGUCAUCCCUUCCCCUACAGAUCUUUAAUUAGACAUUAGGCCCUUGGGAACUAGGUGCCCCCCCCCCCCCUUUUCGUUGUCGCCAUGUGGAGACUGUCACCAUUAAGGAAACGAGUCUCUCACCUGUGCAGAAAUGUGACUUUCGACUAUGAGGAAAUGAGACUGUCAAGCUUCCCCACACUCUCCCCAAACCCAGCGCCCCACCCCUUCCAGUGGACGUAAAGGUUAUUGCUUGUAACCGCAACAAGUAUAAAUAUAGCUUUAACUUGAAUCCAAACUCUCAAUCGUGUCUCUCAAUCGUUGCAUAGUGUCGGAUCGAGCGGGUGCCUCCUGGUUGGGGCGGCUUCCAGGCGGGGUCCUGGUCGAGCGCCCAGGCGGGGGACUUGGGUGAGGGGCCCGUGUGGGGGCCGUCCUGACGAGUGGGCAUCUCCAACGUCGGACCGGGGAGGGGUAAUUUGGGGGGGGGGCACUGGCCCUGCUGACGCCAUUUCUUGAUGUAACAUUUCAAUCGUGUCUCCACCCAGGUUCAUGUCGGCUGCGUCAUGUCCAACAGUUGCAGCCUUGGCGCUGACUGUUCCAACAUUGAAUGCUGCGUGCAGGAUCCCAGCACCAAGCAAGGAGUGUGCCGUCGCAUGGGAGACGUGGCGGACUACUGCUACACGAAACAGCCCUACGCCUGGACCAAGCCGGAGAAGAUGGUGACGCAGUUUGACCUUUGCCCCUGCGAGACUGGAUACUUCUGUGGGCCCAUAGGCAAAGAAAGCGCCACCUACGGACCGAUGGGAAUUUGUUCCUUUGGGUAGCAACUACCCUAGACAUGCAGUAAUAUGUAGAACGCAGUCAACACGCCAAUUCUGAGCUGUGUACUCUUGUGACAUGUAUUAAAUACAUAUAACUCAAUUAAUACAGUUUCUUUCUAUGUUUAUAUUUUCCCACUAAUUUUUGAAUUAUGCGAUUGGUGUAAUUUGUUCAAAGUUAACAUAUAUGUAUCACGUGGGAGGGACAAUUGGGCUCUUCGGUGUGCCAGGUUUGUUACAAAAUACAUUUCAAGUCGGGGUGCUAAACGUCAUGAAAAGAAUUAACCGGACAUGACUCAUCGGGGAAAUGUCUUAGGAUCUUAAGGUUAUCCGGCUAAAAUACAGAUAUUAAACGAAAUGUUUUUGGAGUGAACAGAAAGGUAGAAUUCAAAACGUUAAAUAAUACUCCUAGUCCCUUGACAUUUGUAUGAUCACGACGAAGAGAAAUUCAACUCUAAAGAGAAUAGCAUACAACAAAAUAACGUUAUAAAAUUGGCUCAGCCCUCAGUGAAUUAAAU